AAGGGCCAGCAGGAGGCACAACACUCCAAUAUGCAUAAGCUAAAGUUGACUUUGAAACCUAACACCCAAAGCAAUACUUAGCUUUAAAAUAUUUGGUAUACUUUCAACGAAAUUGAUUCCUAAACUGCAGGGCUGCCAGGAAAGCUCUAACAUGCAUGAGCAAGAGUUGACUUUUGAGGCCAAUGACCGCUUUAAUGUGAUCUCCAUCAAUCAUUGUGGCCAAAGAAAAGAAAAGCCAAGGCUUAAUUUGAUGAAAUGUAGGCUUAAUUUGAAAGCUUGCUAAUCCAGAAGAAGCUGUUACCUUAUGGUUCAUACAUAUUCAGUAAGUGCAGAUACAAAGAAAGAUCAGUGUGCAUUUGUUCCAAUCCAACACCAUACAGAAAUUGAACAUGUCAUAUUUCUUCAUCUCUUGUUCAUUUCUUUGUGUGUUGUUUUUGUUUGUCUCUUGGUUAUUUCCAAAACUGAAGGGUGUAGAGGAACAACCAAAGUCAGACAACAGCACUCCUCAAGUAAAGUAUGAUGUUUUUGUUAGCUUCAGGGGCGAGGAUAUCCGCCAUGGUUUUCUUAGCCAUUUGAUUGACACUUUUCAAAGGAAGAAAAUAAAUGCCUUUGUGGAUGAUAAACUUGAGAGGGGAGAUGAAAUAUGGCCAUCACUUGUUCGAGCAAUUGAAGGAUCAUUCAUUUCAUUGAUCAUAUUCUCACAAGACUAUGCUUCUUCGCAUUGGUGUUUAGAAGAACUUGUGACUAUACUUGAAUGCAGAGAGAAACAUGGCCAGAUUGUAAUUCCUGUUUUCUACCAUGUAGAACCCACACAUGUAAGACACCAAUUGGGGAGUUACAAAAAUGCAUUUGCUGAGCAUGGAAGAAAAUAUAAGACCAAAGUGCAAAGCUGGAGGCAUGCUUUGAAUAAAUCUGCUGAUUUAUCAGGAAUUGAGUCAUCUAAAUUUCAAAAUGAUGCAGAGUUGCUUAAAGCAAUUGUUGAUCUUGUGCUGCUAAGGUUGGGUAAACAUGUGGUUAACUUAAAAGGACUUGUUGGAAUUGAUACAAAAGUUGCAGAUGUAGAAUCAUUGAUAUGCAAACCCAAAGAGCCAAAAGACAUCCGUCUUAUAGGAAUUUGGGGUAUGGGCGGUAUUGGCAAGACAACCCUUGCAGAAGAAUUAUUUAACAAACUACGGUUUGAUUGUGAAUAUGAUGGUUGUUAUUUUUUAGCCAAUGAAAGAGAACAAUCAAGCAAACAUGACAUAAUUUUUUUGAAAGAAAGGAUAUUUUCCGAGCUAUUAGGAAAUGCUGUGAAAAUUGACACACCAAAUUCAUUGCCCAAUGAUGUUGUAUGGAGAAUUGGUCGUAUGAAGGUUUUAAUUGUUCUUGAUGAUGUGAAUGAAUCAGAUCACUUGGAAAAAUUGCUUGGAACUCUUGACAAUUUUGGAUCAGGUAGUAGAAUAAUUGUAACAACUAGAGAUGAGCAAGUGCUUAAUGCUAACAAAGCUGAUGACAUAUACCAACUUAGAGAAUUCAGUUUCAAUAAAGCACUUGAACUUUUCAAUUUGAAUGCAUUUAACCAAAGUGAUCAUCAAAGGGAGUAUGAUGAUCUAUCAAAAAGGGUGGUUGAUUAUGCCAAUGGCAUUCCAUUAGUGCUUAAAGUUUUGGCUCAUCUUCUUCGAGGAAAAAAUAGGGAAGUAUGGGAAAGUGAGCUAGACAAGCUUAAGAAAAUGCCUCUUACAAAAGUUUAUGAUGUAAUGAAACUAAGUUAUGAUGAUUUAGAUCGCAAAGAGCAACAAAUUUUUCUAGAUCUUGCAUGUUUCUUUCUUAGAUCGGGUAUACAAGUAGAUGUGGGUUAUCUAAAAUCUUUAUUAAAAGAUGGUGAAAGUGAUAAUUCAGUGGUUGCUGGCUUAGAAAAAUUGAAAGAUAAAGCUCUUAUUACUUUCUCGGAAGAUAACUUUGUAGAUAUGCAUGAUAGUUUACAAGAAAUGGCUUGUGAGAUUGUUCGUCGAGAGUCUAUCGAAGUCCCUAGAAGUCGUAGUCGAUUGUGGGAUCCUGAUGACAUUUAUGAAGCAUUGAAAAAUGACAAGGGAACUGAGGCCAUUAGAAGCAUACAAAUUCAGUUGCCAACCAUUGAGGAGCAGAAGUUAAGCCCUCACAUAUUUGCUAAGAUGAGCAGACUACGAUUUUUGGAGAUUUAUGUGGAAUAUAAUCACGAUUGCUUCAAUGAACAUAAUAUUCUUGCUGAAGGGCUUCAAUAUUUGGCAGCUGAACUAAGACUUCUUUAUUGGUGGUGUUACCCUCUAAAAUCCUUGCCAGAUAAUUUUUCUAUUGAAAAACUAGUUAUAUUAAGAUUGAGAAAUGGCAAAAUUGAAAAACUUUGGGAUGGAGUGAAGAAUUUGGUGAAUUUAGAAGAACUUGACCUCAGUGACUCCGAGAUGUUAAGAGAGUUGCCAGAUUUAUCAAAAGCCACAAAUCUUGAAGCAUUGAUUCUCAGCCGUUGUUCUAUGUUGACUAGCGUUCAUCCAUCUGUUUUCUCUCUAAGAAAACUUGAGACCUUGGACCUUCAGGACUGCAUGUCCCUUGCCAUUCUCACAAGUGAUUCUACUUUAUGCAACCUUAGUUAUCUGGACCUUGGUUUUUGUAACAAUCUUACUCAAUUUUCACUAAUAUCAGAGAAUAUGAAAGGUCUAAGAGUACAAGAUACGAAGGUCAAAGAAUUUCCCUCAUCAUUUGGACUUCAAACCAAGCUUGAAUGGUUAAUUCUAGCAGGAAAUGACAUUGAGAGGUUACCUUCAUCCAUCAAGAAUCUUACACAUCUUGAAAUUCUAAAUGUCAACUUUUGUAGUUCACUUCAGAGUCUACCAGAGCUUCCCCAAUUCCUCAAAGCUCUAUGUGCCAACAACUGCAAAUCACUUCAGACUUUACCAGAGCUUCCACAAUUCCUUGAAACUCUAGAUGCCAAAUAUUGCUCUCAACUUCAGACUCUACCAGAACUUCCCCCAUUCCUUAAAUCUCUUAAUGCACAAUCCUGCUCUUUACUUCAAACUCUACCAGAACUUCCCCCAUUUCUUAAAGAUCUAAAUGUUGGAACAUGCAAAUCACUUCAAAAUUUACCAGAGCUUCCCCCAUUCCUUGAAACUUUAAAUGCCAAUUUUUGCACUUCACUUCAAACUUUACCAGAGCUUCCCUUGUUCCUUAAAACUCUAAAUGUUGAUUAUUGCACAUCACUUCAAAUUCUACCAAAGCUUCCAUCAUUCUUUAAAACUCUACUUGUUGAUCACUGCACUUCACUUCAAAUUCUACCCGAGCUACCUUUGUCUCUUGCAACUCUAACUGCCCAAUUUUGCACUUCACUUCAAAAUCUACCAAAGCUUCCCCCUUCCCUUGAAUAUCUAAAUACCCAAUCAUGCACUUCACUUCAAACUCUACCAGAACUUCCUCGAUCUCUUAAAACUCUGAACUUCACACAGUGCAAAUCAUUUCUGACUCUACCAAAGCUUCCUCCGUCUCUUCAAACUCUAAAUGCUCAAUCAUGCACUUCACUUCAAACUCUACCAGAACUUCCAUCACCCCUUAAAACUCUUAAUGCACAAUACUGCACUUCACUUCAGACUCUUCCAGAACUUCCUUCAUCUCUUCAAACUCUAAAUGCCCAAUCAUGCACUUCACUUCAAACUCUACCAGAUCUUCCCUCAUCCCUUAAAACUCUUAAUGUGCAAUCAUGCACUUCGCUUCAAAAUCUACCAAAGCUUCCCCUUUCUCUUGAAACUCUAGAUGUUAAUUGUUGCACUUCACUUCAGACUUUACCAGAGCUUUCCAAGUUCCUUAAGACUCUAAAUGCCCAAGAGUGCAAAUCACUUAAGACUCUACCAGAGCUUCCCCAACCCCUUGAAACUUUAGAUGUUAAACGUUGCACUUCUCUUCAGAAUCUAACAAUGCUCCCUUCAUUUGUUAAGACUUUAAAUGUCCAAGAGUGUGAAUCACUUCAGACUCUACCAAACCUUCCAUCAUCUCUUAAAACUCUAGAUGCUAAAUGUUGCACUUCACUUCAGGCUUUACCAAAGCUUCCUCCCUCCCUUGAAACUCUUGAUGUUAAAUGUUGCACUUCACUUAAGACUCUACCAGAGCUUCCCCAAUCCCUUAAGACUCUUAAUGUUGAAGAGUGCGAAACACUUGAGAAUCUGCCAGAGCUUCCUUUGUCUAUUGAAACUAUAAAUGCCAAAUCUUGUAUUUCACUUCAGACUCUAUGGGAGCUUCCCAUGUUCCUUAAGACUCUAAAUGUCCAAGAGUGCAAAUCACUUCAAACUCUACCAGAGCUUCCCCUAUUCCUUGAAACUCUUAAUGUUAUGUAUUGCAAUUCACUUCAGACUCUACCAGAGCUUCCCCCGUUCCUUAAAACUUUAAAUGCCAAAUUAUGUGAAUCACUUCAAACUCUACCAAAGCUUCCCCAUUUCCUUGAAACUUUGGAUAUCGAAUUCUGCACAUCACUUCAAACUCUACCAGAGUUCCCCCCGUUCCUUAAAAUUGUGUAUGCCAGAGAUUGCGGAUCACUGAAGACUGUAUUGUGUUCCCCUUCAACAACUGUUCAAGAAUUAAAGGAAACUUGGAAACAUGUUAUUCUAUGGAAUUGCUUGAAUGUUGGUGAAUAUUCUCUAGUGGCUAUUGGAUUGAAUGCGCAAAUCAACAUGAUGAAAUUUGCAAACCAACACCUAUCUAGUGCCAAUCUCAUUGAUGUUAAAAAUUAUGAUGAUUAUUGUAAUCAUCGUUCCUAUCAAGCUGUUUAUGCAUACCCGGGAAGUAGUGUUCCGGAGUGGUUGGAGUAUAAGACAACAAAAGAUUAUAUAAUUGUUGAUCUCUCUUCUAUUGCACCAUCUUCCUCCUCCUUGGGCUUCAUUUUCUGCUUUGUCCUUGGUAAGUACUAUGAUGAAACAUUCAUUGACAGACUUGACGUCAACAUCACUAUAAGUGAUGGUGAGGGUGAAGGUGAAAAGGACAGUGUCAGAAUGUACAUAGAUUAUUGGGGUAUGGGAAUUGAAUUGGAUCAUGUGUGUAUUAUGUACGACCAAAGGUGUUCUGGAUUCCUAAAUACUAGAGCCAAAAACCAGACAAGGUUUAAAAUUGAGGUUACAUUGUGGGCAAAAUUUCUCUACCCGGAAACUUAUGAUGAUGCACUGCCGCAACAGGUUUUAAAGGGAUUUGGUGUCAGCCCAAUAAGCACCUCGACAUAUAACAGUUUCAUUCAACAAAUGGAAUUGAAUUGUGGUUCAUAUCAUCCCAGGGUAAUCAAAAGGCAUGAUGUAUACGAGCUUUAACACAUGAAGGUUGUGCACCAACUUUUUGUUGUCAGUGUCCAGAGCCCUUCCAGGGGAUUGAUAAAGUGAACAACAAAUUUAGAAUAUUGUUUUGUUUUCUGAAGAGUACAUUGCCAAAUUCUAGCAGGUAAUUGUGCAGUAAAGGAUAAUGGGCAAUAAAUUGUAGUAGUUGAGUUGAGUGGGAGGAAAUAAUUCUAUUUGAUGGGUAGCUUGCAGCCACAACAUCAAAUUUUUGAAACUUGAUUCUUUUGAAAGUAUGUAUAUGAAACUUGUAUAUAAUAUUUCUUAGUAUAUUGUUUAAGACUUUAAAUAGUAACAGUUGCACAUGGAGUUUUGUCCCUUGAUGUAUCUGUUACAACUAAAUAUUCAUAUUAAAUGCAUGUGUUUUCCUUCUUUAAGAUGAGUCUUAGAUGGAGGAUGGUGUUAUUGUAAUAAAAAUCCCAAAAUCAUGGAUGACCGAAAACUGUUAAUUUUUUUUUCUUCAUAAACAUGGUU